UUCAGGACUUAAUGCUCGUUGGGGUAAGUGGCAUAGGAUUCUUCUCUCUAUGCUAUCGUCUCUUUACCAACGCGAGAUGGAUCUACAAGAUGUUCAUUCGAUCCCCCAAGAACUUAAGAGACUACGGCUUGUGGGCCAUAAUCACUGGCUCCACCGACGGCAUCGGUAAGGCCCUGGCAUUCGAGCUCGCCUCCAAGGGCCUCAACUUGGUCUGCAUGGCCCGAAACCUGUCCAAGCUCGAAUCAACUGCUGCUGAGAUCCGCCAUAAGUUUGGCCAAAGGAUCAAGAUCCGAAACAUAGCCCUAGACUUCGACAAAUCAGGUCCCACUGAGAUAUCAUCCGCAAUACACCACGGGAUCCAAGGGCUCGACAUCGGUUUACUAGUUAACAACGUGGGGAUCACAAAUUCUCACCCAAAAUUUUUUCAUGAAUUCGAACCAGAGUUUAUAGAGAGCAUGGUAAGAGUGAACGUCGAAGCAGCGAUAUGGGUGACUAGGGCAGUGAUUCCCGGGAUGAUGAAGAAGAAGAAAGGUGCCAUAGUGAACAUUGGAUCCGGUUCAUCCGCUACAGUCUCUUCAUACCCUCUCUUCACGCUCUAUGCAGCUUCUAAAGCUUUCAUGGCUACGCUCUCAAGAUCCAUUGGCUUGGAAUACCAAAGUUUUGGAAUAGACAUCCAGUGCCAGGCACCAUUGUAUAUCUCGACCAAGAUGAUAACGGAGUUAGGGACCAAUAUCUUGAUUGUGCCUGUGGAGGCGUUCAGCAAAUCGAGCGUCAGGUGGAUGGGCCAUAACGACCCCAUCUGCUGUCCGUUUUGGUGGCACUCCUUGCAGUCCUACAUCACGCAAUCCUUCUUGGAUGACCUCGUCAUUAAGUACCUCUUCAAGACAUUUCUCAGGAUGCGCCGAGAAGCACUGGAGGAGAAGACGGGACGCUGAACUCGACUCUGUCUUUUAUAUUCGUAGCUACUAUGUACUUCUGAUUACAUCAUUCCUGUUCUUGGGACCUGCUUAAAUUAGCUUGUUUAGGAUCGGAAAUUUGCAUAAUCAUAACACAUUAGUCCACUCGGCUUUUGGAUCCAAUGGGAAAUUUA